AUGAGAAUUAUAGUUAUCGGUGCUGCACCGACAGGUCUUGGUGUAGCUUAUCGUCUUUAUCAAUUGCAAAACAAUAACAUUGAUAUUGCUAAAAAUGUCGAAUUAAUUGUUUUGGAGAAGGAAUUAUCACCUGGUGGAUUAAGUCGAACAGUUAUGGAUGAAAAUGGAUUUUUCUGGGAUAUGGGAGGACAUGUCACUUUUGAUCAUAAUUUACCUUAUUACAAGGAAGCAAUAUGUUGGGCCAUAAAUGAAUGGAAUAUUUUAACAAGAAGCUGUCAGGUUGAUAUAAGUUAUAUGUUCAACGAGAAAGGCUUGCAUCUUGUACCGUAUCCGGUGCAGUAUGCAGUACCAAUGUUUCCAGCAAGCAUUAAAGCGAAAUGCUUGGAAGACCUGCGAGAUCGGCGUAGAAAAUCAGCGGCAAAAAGAAUUCCGCCAAAAAAUUUUAAUGAUUGGAUCGACGAGCAUUUCGGGCCAACACUAAGCAAUUACUUCUUCAAACAGUAUACUCGAAAGGUUUGGACUGUAAGACCGGAUCAGAUGAAUCCGGUAUGGAUUGGAACUCGAGUUGCUAUGAUACCUUAUGAAAAAUUGGAGGAAUUUUGUGCCAUGAAUGAAGAAGAUUUAAAGGAAAUUGACCUUGGCUGGGGUCCAAAUGCCAGAUUUAUGUUUCCGAAACGCUAUGGCACAGGGUCAAUUUGGAAAUCAAUGACUAACAAAUUACCAUCUCAGUGGUUUCAUUUUGGAUGCAAGGUUAUUAACAUUGAUGCCAAAAGAAAAACAAUUAUGUAUGAAAAUGAACGAUAUGGAAAGGUAAAUCUCAACUAUGAUAUACUUAUCAAUACAGGACCUAUUGAUCAACUAAUCAAAUACACUAAAUUAUGUCAGCAAAUUGAUUUAAAAUACAAUAAGGUAUUUGUGAUAGGUGUUGGCUUAAUAAAACCAAUGAGUCGAGUUGCAGAACAAUUUACUUGGCUUUAUUUUCCGGAAAAUACCGUUCCGUUCUAUCGUGUUACUUUCUUAUCACGUUAUGGUGAGAUGACCCCAGAUAAUGAUAAGUAUUGGUCAGUACUAUGUGAAUGUGCCUAUGAUAUCAAUGAUAACAGUAUUAGUGAAGAAGAAAUAAAAGAAAAAACAAUUAAAUGUCUGAUACGGAAAUCAAUCAUUUUACGUGAACAGAUUGUUAGUCUGUUUUCAACAUUGCUACCAUAUGGAUAUCCUAUACCCACUGUGAAUAGAGAUAAUGAAUUAACCCGUGCUCAUCAAAUUCUUGAAAAGCAUGAAAUAUAUUCGAGAGGUCGAUUUGGUGGUUGGAAAUAUGAGGUAUCAAAUCAGGAUCAUUGCUUUAUGCAAGGCAAAGAAAUUAUCGACAGACUGUUAUUGGGUGAACCAGAAAUAAUUUACAAAAAUGGAUUAUCAGCAUCUCAAGAAUGA